AUGUUAGCGCCGAAACUGGCCCGUUUGGCGGAGCCGGAGGUGAGGUCGGCUUGAGGUAACUUUUGAUGCUGGCAAGACAUAGGCUUUGCGAGCUGCUGGCUGGCUGGUGCUGGUGCUGACCGGAGGUAGUAAGUGUUCUGGCGGGAGGCAGCAGGCACGCAGCAGGCAGGCCAGGGCAGGGCAGGGAAGCGAGGGAGGCGCCCCGGCAGGCAGGCAGGGAGGGCAGAGAGGAGGGUUGGGUUGUGGCGAGAAAGGUGAAGGGCAAGGCGAGGAAGGGCGAGAAAGAGAGAGAGAGAGGAGGGAGAGGCACGGUGCGAUCGGCUGUCAAAACUCCAGCAACGCCUGUAGGCGCGGCCUCUCUCAACACCUCGAUCGGGAAGCGAAGGCAACGAGCUCCUUCCGGGGGGUUGUGUUGGCAGGGAGCGCACCAGUCGACGCUGCGCUUCCCUCUCUGGUGUACCCGGCGAUCAAUUAGAGGUUGUUGUCGCGGUGGGAGUCCGGAAGGCAGUGCGGAGUGGGACAAGAGCGAGAGCGAGAGAGAGGUAGAGAGAGAGAGAGGGAGGAGUUUCAAGGCAGGGCGAGGCCGGAGGACACGCGAAGCGGCGGAGACAUCGUUCGCUCUAGAGAUCUUUCGUAGGGAAACAUUAUGACCAACACGGGAGGUUCUGAAAACCGCCCUCCCUUCCAAAUGUCGGAUCUUGGUGCUACUCUUCCCACUGUACCCGGUCUCAGCGCCGUAGAUCGAGCUGGAUUGGUCAAUGUCCUGAAGGACAAGCUGCAGUUUCUUGCUGGACAGUCUUCGGGAUACCUCGAGUCACUUUCUCCCAAAGUGAAGGCUCGAGUUGCAGUCCUGCAGUCCCUUCAGACCGAGCAUGACGUUCUCGAGGCGAAGUUCCACGAGGAGAGAGCUGCGUUGGAAGAAAAGUACCAAAAGUUGUACGAACCUCUUUACACCAAGCGUGCGGACAUUGUAAAUGGAGUCGUCGAUGUCGAACACAAGGCCCCCGAGGCAGCUGCACCAGCAGCAGCAGCAGCUCCUGCGGCACCCGCUGCACCUGGAGCACCAGCGGAAGCAGCGAAGGAAGAAGAGAAGGGAGUACCCGAAUUUUGGCUGACGGCAAUGAAGACGAACGAAAUUAUGGCAACGCAGAUAUCUGAACGAGAUGAAUAUGCUCUCAAGUUCUUGAAGGACAUCAAGUGUAGCAACCUGGACGACAACAAGGGCUUUAAGCUUGACUUUUACUUUGAUAGAAAUCCUUACUUCAAGAAUACGGUGUUGACGAAGACGUACCACAUGAUCGACGACGACGAGCCGAUUCUUGAGCGUGCAGACGGGACGGUUAUUGAUUGGAACCAAGGGAAGAACCUGACGACGAAGAUUUUGAAGAAAAAACCCAAAAAAGGAGCCAAGACCACUAAACCAGUAACCAAGACCGAGCAAUGUGAAAGCUUUUUCAAUUUUUUCAACCCUCCCCAAGUACCGGAGGAUGAUGAGAUCGACCGGGAUACCGCUGAACAACUUCAAGACUUGAUGGAGCAGGAUUACGACGUCGGCUCAACAAUUAGGGACAAAAUUAUCCCUCAUGCCGUAUCCUGGUUCACUGGAGAAGCCCUACAAGCUGAAGAUUUCGACGUUGAAGAUGAUACUACUGAUGAUGAAGAUUAUGAUGACGAUGACGAAUAUCACGAUGAGGAUGAUGAAGAUGAUGAUGAGGAUGAGGACGAAGAUGAGGAGGAAGAAGUACAUGUCCGGAAGUUAUAGGUCUUACUUCAAGAUCUGCAGCUCUGAUUUGAUGGGUACAAAGUUCUGAUUUUUUCUCGUGUGGUUCUCUGUCAACAGAGAGGUGGACCUCCUUCGAAGGCUGCCACAAAGAACUCUGCUGCAGCCGUUGAAGAAGGCAGCGAGAGACCACCGGAAUGCAAUCAGCAAUGAGCGUUAUAGUUGCCCACUGUUAUGCCGGAAGUCAGUAAAAGCUUGAUGGUGGGAAUGCAUAGGUGUUUUCGUUAGGAUCUUUAGUAGGCAGCAUUGGUUCACUCUGCUAGUUAUUCGUAAUCUUUAGAAUUCCACUGAAGAGGCCUGUCCAAAGCAGAGUACAAGACACAAUAUCUUAGUCCUUCAGGCUUCCACUAAUAGGAGAGGCUGCUACUUCUGAUGUUGGCAGCUGGAUUUUUACUAGGUUACAAAAGUAAUGAGUUUUAUUGACUUGUGCCAUGUAUUAAUAACGGGUGGAGUUGAAGCGGUGGAAGAGUCAGAGGACUGACUCUCCUGUCCUUCUUCCCUAGGUUUUGCUCUUACUUCAUAUUAGUACCGUUCCAUUCUUCUAGCUUCUUCUCAUUGAGUAAAUCACAAGUUGACGGAUUAUCCUCC